GUCAUUCCAGCAACGACAAUGGCCUUGGCGUCGAGAAAAAGAGCAUGCUGCAAUAACAGGACAGGGAUGUUUCUUUCCUCGAUCUUAAGCGUAAUCACAAUCAUUGGUGCUGUGUAUUGCAUGCUGGUGUCACUCCAGGCUCUCUCGGAAGGUCCUCUCAUUUGUAGCACUCAAGCCAAAAGUACUGUCUCUUGUGAAUUUUCAUUGAAAAACUUAAGUAAUUUUCGUCCUGAGUCCUUCAGUCUGCAGUGGUUCUUCGAAGACAGUUGUAUUUCUCCUACUGAUGUAAAAAACUCCACCAUCAAUGACAUGCUCAGUAACUGGAAAGUACCCGACUCUGACUCUGAAGAAGAUAGACACAGGAUUUUCCACUUCUCAGUAUUUCUCAGUCUCCUGCUGGUUGGAAUCCUUGAGCUCCUGUUUGGGAUCAGUCAGAUACUCAUUGGUUUCCUUGGUUGUUUGUGUGGUGUGUCUAGGAGAAGGAGUCAAAUUGUGUAGCUUAAAGGAUAAUAAACUAGAAUAUCAGUACUUUGAAUAAUUUGAAAA